AUGUCAGCAGGAGACAACGCCUUGAUUGAGAAGAUGGAUCAACUUGGCGCGGAAGAAGGCAGUCGGAUUCACACAGCCGACGCUAUAUCAUCAUCUCCCAUUCUCGAGCAAACGUCUGGCGCCGACGACGAGCUCCCCUCUUCUAUACAUCCCGAUUUCGCAGUCAGGACUGGCAACGUCUUAUUGGUCACUGACGACGACGUCGGAUUCUUUGUGGACCGGUCCUUUCUGUCGUCUCAUCCGGAGUUUUUUCGAGAUUUCGAGGAGAUGGCCUCGGUCGUUGGGCGAGGGAGCGUGAGCAACAUCGGCACCCGCGUAGUGCGCCGGGAUUUGCCUGGGGCACUGUCGAACGGUUGA